AUGGAGGUGAAAUUAGCUCAAAUUGAACAAGAACACAAACAAGCUCAAGCAGAGAUGAGAGAAAGAUUAAGCAAAAUGGAAGCAGAGAUGGAAAGCUCACAAGACGGUUUGCUACAAAAGAUCGAAGAAAUGUUUAAGAAGCACGCUACAAGUGGAAAAGCUAUUGUUUACCAACCAAAAUCAUCUGAUCAGGAUCUCUUGCAUCCUCCAGGGUUUGAACCUAUGGCAUGGCAUCCUGUCGGGUUUACAUCUGGCCCCCAGCACCCACCAGGGUUUACACCCGACCCUUCGCAUCCUCCCGGUUUCACCCCAGUGCACAUUUCAUUUAGAUCGCCAGCUGUGCAAGAGGCUCACCCAGGAGUCUAUAUAGCGAAUCAGCAAAAUCAUAAUGAGCUCGCAUUUCAAACCGAUUACCCAUCGGCUACUAGGGCAAGACCCAUUGAAUCAGGUGUAGAAGAGUUACCACCUGAUUUUCAGGAAGUCUCGGAAAAAGGAAGGGUUAACAGUGAUAUAACCCAGCAGUUGAAAAGCCUAGAGGAAAGAAUGAGAUCAGUAGAAGUUGAGCCAUUCUAUGGAAUGGAUGCUAGAGAGCUAAGUUUGGUGCCUGACCUGAUUCUACCCCCGAAGUUCAAAGCACCAGACUUUGAAAAGUAUGAUGGAACUACUUGCCCAUCAGCUCACCUCGUCAUGUUCUGCAGAAGAAUGGCAGGGUAUACUGAAAAUGAGAAACUACUGAUACAUUGUUUCCAGGACAGCCUAACAGGAUCAAAAAUUAAAUGGUACAAUCAAUUGACUAGAUCUCAGAUCAAGUCAUGGAGAGACUUGGCUCGAGCAUUUUAUGAACAGUAUCGUCACGUCACCGAACUAGUGCCUGACAGAUGGACAUUGCAGAACAUGGAAAAGCGACAUAAUGAAACUUUCAGGCAGUACGCCCAAAGGUGGCGUGAUGUUGCCUCACAAGUACAACCACCGUUGCUGGAAAAGGAGGCUACGGUUAUCUUUGUACAUACUCUAAAGGCUCCAUAUUUGGGGCAUAUGUUGGGAAAUGCUACAAAGAAUUUUGCUGACUUGGUUCUUUCUGGAGAAUUAAUCGAAAAUGCCAUUAAAAGUGGCAAGAUUGAAGGAGGUGAUGGGUCGAAGAAGCCCUAUUUCAAGAAAAAAGACAAUGAAGUGAGCCAGACGAAUACUUAUAAAAAGAACUACGCAACCAGCGUCACGAUUUCACAGCCUAAGACGGAGAAUACCAACACCCAUGAAAAUAGAGGGCAGAGAAGGGAGAAUACAAGACCAACUUUCUCACCAGUGCCAGUACCAUAUUCAGAAAUCUACGCCUCGCUCUUGAAGGCAGAUUUAAUACGCCCUUACAAAUUGACUCCGAUGCAGCCACCUUACCCUCACUGGUAUAAUGCCAAUGCUCACUGUGAAUACCACGCAGGGAUUGUUGGGCAUGAUAUCGAGAACUUCCCAAAAUUUAAGAAGGUUAUACAAAACCUUAUCAACGCUGGAGAUUUGGAAUUCAAAACACCAGCUGUAAAUACUCACCCUAUGCCCAAUCAUGGGGGGCAAGGAAUCAACAUGGUCGAAGAAUGA